AUGAACUUGCUCGCGAAUGCCGGAGGAGCUGUCUCACUUGGAUACGCAGGCGAAGACGCUCGACUGGAAUUGGUGCGCCGCGACCAGUCCACUCCCUAUCAACCGGACCGGAACGACCGCUAUUGGAAGAUUGCCAUCACGCUGCCGGACCUUGACGUCGCAUUUGCCCAGCUGCGCAGCGCCGGUAUCGACGUCACUGAACCAGCGCAGUUUCGCGACAUCGCCUAUAUGAGCCAUCUCGCCGACCCUGAAGGUCAUGUCAUCGAGCUGAUCCAGCACACCUUUCACGGAAAACCAAAGACGAAACAAGGCAAUGUGGAACUUCCCCUCGGCGGAGGGGCCCGCAUUGGACUGAUCACUCUGCGGACUGAUGACAUCGAGACGGAGCUCAUGAACUGCCACGACACACUCGGCAUGAGGUAUCUGUCCCGGCAGGACCUGGCCGAUCUUGGAUUUUGCCUCUAUUUCCUUGCCUAUACAGAAGACACACCACCGGACACAGACGUCAAUGCUGUCGAAAACCGCGAAUGGCUCUGGCAACGCCCCUAUACGGUUCUUGAAUUCCAGCACCUGUUCACUGGCGAAAUUCGGCAAAAGAAAGCCGAAGAACGCGGCGCUUCUUCUGUCCUGAUUGAUGAACUGGGUGGAGAGAGAAAAACAGUUCGCUAG